AUGCUCCAGAGGUUUGAGGAGUGGAUGGCUCAAAAUGGACAAGUUUAUAAGGAUGCACAAGAGAAGGAGCUGCGCUACAACAUAUUCAAGUCCAAUGUGGAAUUCAUUGAAGCUUUUAACAAGAACAAGGACCAAAGAAAGUACACCCUAAGCAUCAAUAAGCUUGCGGAUCACACCAAUGAGGAACUUCGAGCAAUGCGUAAUGGCUACAAUGUGAGGCAACAUCUCUCCAAAACCACCUCCAACUCCGUGAAAGUAAGUCCAAACACUUUUUUCAGAUAUGAAAAUGUAACCGAGGUGCCACCCUCCUGUGAUUGGACUACAAGUGCCGUAACCCCAGUCAAGGAGCAAGGAUAUGAUUGUGGGAGUUGUUGGGCGUUUGCAGCAGUGGCAACCGUAGAAGGCCUUAACUAUCUCAAAACAGGAAACUUAAUUUCGCUAUCAGAACAAGAGGUUAUCGAUUGUGGAACUAGUACUGAAGUUGAUGGCUGCCGUGGUGGUUAUGUGGACAAAGCCCUCGAAUUCAUGAUCCAAAACAACAGAAGCCUAUCAACUGAAUAUGGCUACCCUUACAAGGCUGUAGAUGGUGGCGUUUGUAUGGUUGACUUGAAUGCUUCCUUCGAUGCUAUAACCAUAACUGGGUAUGAGCAAGUACCUCAAAACAACGAAAGUGCUCUAUUGCAAGCUGUUGCAAACCAGCCAGUUUCAGUUUAUAUUGAUGCAGAAGCAGAAGAGUUCAAACAUUAUUCGAGUGGUGUGUACACUGGACCAUGUGGUACAAACUUAACCCAUGCUGUUACUAUAGUUGGAUAUGAUACUACUCAGGAUGAUGGGACUAAGUAUUGGUUGGUCAAAAAUUCUUGGGGAGAACAAUGGGGGGAGAGUGGAUACAUGAGGAUUCAAAGAGACAUUGACGCUCGAGAAGGACUAUGUGGCAUUGCUAUGGGAGCUUAUUAUCCAACCGCUUGA